UAUGGACAAAGCCAGACAGCGAGGAACAGCUCUCGCUUCCGUGUUGGUGUAUUCGGGGUGCACUGUCAGGGAAGCUCCACAUUCUUAACUCUUCUUUAUUUUUUUUCAUCGUUGGGCGAUUUAAAGAAGAUCAGCGGACAACUAUGGCACUCGAACCCAAGAGCAUAUUUGCCGGGCUUCCACAGAUGACGAGGGGAACCUCAAAGGUUAUCGGAGGUGAUCCUAAAGGCAACAACUUCCUGUACACAAAUGGAAAAUGCGUCAUCAUCAGGAACAUUGAUAACCCAGCUAUCGCGGACAUCUACACCGAACAUGCACACACGGUUACCGUUGCCAAGUAUGCUCCCAGUGGAUACUACAUUGCAUCCGGAGAUGUAACUGGAAAGAUUCGUAUCUGGGACACCACUCAGAAGGAGCACAUACUGAAGAACGAGUACACCCCUAUUUCAGGCACCAUUAAGGACAUUGCAUGGACAGAAGACAGCAAGAGAAUCGCUGUUGUUGGUGAUGGGCGAGAGAAGUUUGGAGCUGUGUUCCUCUUUGACACUGGUUCCUCCGUGGGUGAGAUUAGUGGUCACUGCAAGUACCUCAACAGUGUGGACAUAAAGCAGACUCGUCCUUACCGCCUGGCCACUGCCAGCGAUGACACUUGCGGUGGCUUUUUCGAAGGACCUCCCUUUAAAUUCAAGUUUACUUUACGUGAUCACAGCCAGUUUGUCAACUGCGUACGCUUCUCUCCAGAUGGAGGCCGUUUUGUCACAGCUGGUGCUGAUGGUCAGAUGUUUAUCUACGAUGGAAAAACUGGUGAGCUUGUGAGUUCUCUGGGUGGAGACAAGGCUCAUAAUGGAGGGAUAUAUGCUAUCAGCUGGAGUCCUGACAGCACCCAACUGAUCUCUGCUUCAGGAGAUAAGACGGUGAAACUGUGGGAUGUCGGGGCAGCUACAGCAGUUACCACCUUUAAAAUGGGCACUGAGGUUUCCGACCAGCAGCUGGGCUGCCUGUGGCAGAAAGACCACCUGCUGGGCAUCUCUCUGUCAGGAUACAUCAACUACCUGGACAAAAACAACCCAGAUAGGCCAAUACGCACAAUCAAGGGUCACAGCAAAUCUAUUCAGUGUCUGACGGUGCAUAAAAGUGACGGGCGAUCAUACAUCUACUCUGGGAGUCACGAUGGACACAUCAAUUACUGGGAUUCUGAAACAGGAGAGAACGACUGCUUCUCUGGUAAGGGUCACACCAACCUGGUGAGCAAGAUGGUGGUUGGUGAGGAAGAAGAGCUGGUGACGUGCAGCAUGGAUGAUACACUGCGCUACACCAGCAUUGGCAAAAAGGAGUACAGUGAUGUGGUGAAGAUGGAAUCCCAGCCUCAAAGUGUGUCAGUAGCAUCAGGAGGACUCUCAUUGGCUGUGUGCAUUGGAAGAGUUGUUUUGCUGAAGAAUAAGAAAGUUGUCUUUACAUUAGAGAAUCUUGACUAUGAGCCGACUGUAGGCGUUCUCCACCCUGGGGGCAGCACUGCUGCUGUUGGAGGAAGUGAUGGAAAUAUAUACCUGUACUCUGUUCAGGGCAACACUCUGAAAGCUACGGAAAAACUGGCGCUGACUGGUCCAGUGAUAGAGUUGGCCUACUCUAACGAUGGAGCCUACUUGGCUGUCAUUGAUGAGAAGAAACUCGCCACGGUCUUUACUGUAGCAGAUAACUACUCGGUUAAGAAUAUGUUUUACGGACACCAUGCUAGACCUGUGUCCUUGGCCUGGUCACCUGACAACGAGCACUUCGCAACUGGUGGAAUGGACAUGUUGGUGUUCGUGUGGGCGGUCGGUGAUGCAGACAAUAGAAUCAGGCUCCCAGACACUCACAGGUUGCACCACAUCAGCAGCCUGGCUUGGAUCAACGAGAACACGCUGGUAACCACCUCCCACGACGCCAGCAUCAAGCAGUGGACUAUUAAAUACUGAGCUUCAAGCAGAACAUCCACGUCUCCAAAGACAAAGACUACUGUAGAGCUCGAUUCUUGUUCUCUUCUCAUUUGCAUUUUUUUUAACAGUACUUUAACAAUCAAACCAUGUGCUCCGUCUGAAUUACAAAUUCUACUAGACAAAAAAAGCUCCCAGCUAAUAUCAAGCAGCGCAAAAUGCUUUUUGUGUGGCAUCAGAUGACCACAUUUGACCACAUUCACUGAAAUGAAAUGUACAGUGUAACAAACUUGUUUUGUUUGGGGCUGUCACUUUUUGUUCAAAACUUCCAGGUCUGUUCAAAUCUGCAUUGGAAAUAAACAAGUUGAUAACAGGGUUGAAACUUCAGGCUGUUUGAAGUAAGGGCGUUACCACCUGAAGCAGAUGCUCAACACACUGAACUAACAGACCGAAUGAGCAGAAAAAGCCAUGAGUGACAGGAUAACAUUAGAAAGCCGGGGGACAUUGUGUGCAUUAACGACCGUGUCAUGGUCAAUCUGUUGGCACUUAGGUUUUGAAAAAAAAGUGACACCCUGGUACUUUUUCUGUUUUUCUACCUUACAGUCAGUCAAAUAUUUGAAACAUUAACAUUCCCGAGCUCUAAGCCUUCACUUCACUAAAGCGUUUGAGUGUUUAGGCUCAGUGGAUGAAGCAAAUGUGUUGGUGUUGUUUAUUUUCUUUCAAUCAAAAUGAUUAUGUUUGAAAACAAAAUGUAUCCAUUUGGUAACAUUCCUAAAAAUUGGUCCUAACCACA